AUGACAGAUAUUGGUAAUAGCACUGCAACCGGUACUCAAAAAUUAACUAAAAAACAAUUGAAAGCCAAACAAUUUAAAAAAACUAAAGAGGAACGUGAAAAGGAAAAAGAUUUGAGGAAGAGAAAAAAGGAAGAAGAGGAAGAGGGAAACGAUAAACAGGAAUCUGCUGCCCCGUUGAAAAAAAAGAGGAAAACUAGAAGAGGUAAAGGCGGUAAAACCAAGAAUAAGAAUAGUGGUAAUAGAUUUAUUAUAUUUGUAGGUAAUUUACCAUACGAUGUGGAUAAAACUGAUCUAAUUGCUCAUUUUAAAUCAAGUUCUCCCGAUGAAAUUAGAAUAAGAUCAGACAAAGGUAUUGCCUUUUUAGAAUUUGAUGGUGCGAAAGAUAGCGUAAACAUUCAAAGAAGGAUGGAUAAAGCGUUAUUACAGCAUAAAACUUUAUUGAAGAACAGAAGGAUAAAUGUCGAAUUAACUGCUGGUGGUGGUGGUAACAGCUCUAAUAGAUUAGAAAAGAUUAAAAAGAAGAAUGAUGUGUUGGAUAAAGAAAGAGACGAAAGAUUAACUAAAUUGAAAAGUGGGAGUGCCACCACUAAUAACAAUAAAACGAAUAAUAAUACCAUUUCUGUUUCAUCCACCCAUACACAUCCAGAUAGGUUAAAAUUGCUAAAAUAG